GUAAUCUUAUCUGAUGCCAACCACGCUUGUGCACUUGAUGCUGUCAUAGCUUGAUAGGUUCACGUCCCUGUCUGUCCUGUCCAGGAACAAAACCCGCCAACUUUCCCCCCUCAACACUUUGAUCUCUUCAAAUCCCUCGGAUUCUGAAGAGUGUGCGCACCAUGUUGCCCUUCAUAGACCUGCCUUUCGUUUGGCUUGCCAACGCGAUUGGCGCUUCGAAAGAUGAAUUAAAGCUCAUCUUCACGAUCCUCGUAUCCUACCCCUUCGCCGGCCUACUAAAGCGCUUACCCGACGCCGAACCAUGGAAGAAGAGCGUAUUCCUCAUCGGGAUUUCGUUAUUCUAUCUCCUCGGCGUCUUCGACUUCUGGGAGGGUAUCCGCACGCUCUUUAUAUCCGCGGCGGGCGCAUACACCAUCGCCGCAUUCAUUAAUGGACCGUUCAUGCCGUGGAUCGGAUUCGUGUUCUUGAUGGGACACAUGCUCUGGAAUCACAUCUACAGAGAGCUGCAUCCCGUGCCGGGCGUGGUCGAUGUUACGGGUGCGCAGAUGGUGCUACUUAUGAAGUUGACGGCGUUCUGUUGGUCGGUUCAUGAUGGUCGGUUGCCGGAUGAGGAGCUGUCGGAGUUCCAGAAGGACCGGAAGAUCACCAAGAUGCCGAAUCUACUUGAUUACGGAGCAUACGUUUUAUUCUUCCCCUCGCUUUUCGCUGGCCCCGCCUUCGAUUUCCGCGAGUAUCAGCGCUGGAUCGACUGCACCAUGUUCGAUGUCGUAGCCCCAGACGCGAAGCACGGCGGAACGAAGCGAAAGCGAAAGAUCCCCAAGAGCCACGUGCCCGCCAUGUGGAAGGCCGUUUACGGAAUCCUGUGGAUAGUCGCGUUUUUGAAGCUCGGUUCGGUUUACACCACCGAGUUUAUGCUUAGUGAUGAGGCUAUGACUUAUUCUUUCUUCCGACGGUUAUGGUUCAUAUACGCCUUCUGUUUCACCGCAAGGACGAAGUACUACGGUGUAUGGUCGCUGACCGAGGGUGCAUGCAUCCUUUCCGGGCUGGGCUAUAACGGCGUGGACGAGAACCGUAAGGCGAAGUGGGAUCGCGUUACGAACGUCGACCCUUACGCUCUGGAGACCGCUCAGAACACGAAGGCGUACCUUGAGGCGUGGAACAUGAACACUAAUAAGUGGCUCAAGAACUACGUAUACCUCCGAGUUACGCCUAAGGGAAGGAAGCCCGGGUUCAGGAGUUCGUUGGCUACUUUCACCACCUCCGCCCUGUGGCACGGCAUCUCCCCGGGCUACUAUCUAACCUUCCUAACCGCCUCGUUCACCCAAACGACUGCCAAAUACUUCCGCCGGCACGUGCGACCUCUCUUUCUCAGUGCAGAGGACCAAAAGACUUCUGGCCCGUAUAAGAAGUUGUACGACAUAUUUAGCAUGCUCGUAACGCAACUUGCGUUUUCCUACAUUGCGGCUCCAUUCAUAGUCCUCACCUUCUCCGGCUCGGUGACAGUUUGGGCCCGCACCUAUUUUUUCGUCCACAUUGCCAUCAUUAUUUCCCUCGCAUUCUUUUACUCUUCGGGGAAGAAGUGGCUAGUCAAGACGCAGCAGCGAAGACUCGGCAGGGCCGCGGAAGAGGCGGAAGAGGAGGAGGAGGUGCUGCAGCGUACCGGUGGUGCGCUCGGCCUGCCAGAGGAUCCGGAAGGUGAUCUGCUCGAGAUGCGCAGGGAGGUGGAGAGGGCAGUCGAGAACAGACGCAGGAACGGUUCGUUUACGGGCGUGGUCAACGCGAAGAAGUUGGCGAGCAAGGUUCAUGUAGGGAAGAAGGCCAUGUGACGGAGUUGCUUAGGAUCGUUGAACGGAGUGGCGUUUGUUUGUUAUAUCCAUGGACUGGCUGGCUGCACGGUUGGAUGUAGAUGUAAAGGGGCUAUAUAUCUUAAUAUUUAUUCAU